AUGCCUUCACCGCCUUUGGGAGACGCCAGUGCUGAGGACGCUCGGCCGUCCGUCUGUCUAGCCCUUGUCCACCGUCCGCAUCCCAGCGUUCCCAGCAGAUGCCAGACGGCCGCGCCGGCGUGGCGCUCGGCCGGCCUGGCCGAUCGGAGGCGAUUACAGCGCGUCUGCGUGCGCGUGCGCGCUGGACAUCCUCACAGGUCCAUGGGACGCCCGAGAGGUGAAAGUUCAACUCUCGGAAGAACGGGCGACCUUCAAAAUGGCCGCCCGGACGCGGCGGUCGACGCCGAGUUGAGACGCGCGCCGUCCGGCGUGUCCUGGAAGCGGGACUUCUUGGCGGCGGGCGGCGUGGCGGGGCCCGGCAGCGGGAUGGCGGCCGUGCUGACGCCUCGCACCGUGACCUCCAUCGCGCCCAGUAAAGGUUUGAGCAACGAGCCAGGACAGAACAGCUGCUUCCUCAACAGCGCCCUGCAGGUCCUGUGGCAUUUGGACAUCUUCCGCCGUAGCUUCAGACAGCUGACGUCUCACAAGUGUAUGGAGGACUCGUGCAUCUUCUGCGCUCUGAAGAGUAUCUUUGCCCAGUUCCAGUACAGCAGCGAGACGGUGCUGCCCUCCGACGCGCUCCGCAGCGCCCUCGCCAAGACCUUCCAGGACGAGCAGAGGUUCCAACUCGGCAUCAUGGACGACGCGGCCGAGUGCUUCGAGAACAUCCUGAUGAGGAUUCACUUCCACAUCGCGGACGAGUCCAAAGAAGACGUCUGCACGGCCAGGCACUGCAUCCCGCAUCAGAAGUUCGCCAUGACGCUCUUCGAACAGUGCGUGUGCAGCAGCUGCGGCGCCUCGUCAGACCCGCUGCCCUUCAUUCAGAUGGUCCAUUACAUCUCCACCACCUCCCUGUGUAACCAGGCGGUGAAGAUGCUGGAGUCCCGGCGCAACGCCACGCCGGGGAUGUUCGGGGAGCUGCUGCGGAACGCCAGCAUGGGCGACCUGCGCAACUGCCCUAGUCAGUGCGGCCAGCAGCUUCGGAUGGCUCGCGUCCUCCUCAACAGUCCGGAGAUCAUCACCAUCGGGCUGGUGUGGGACUCGGACCACUCCGACCUGGCCGAGGACGUCAUCCACACCCUGGGGACCCGCCUGCGCCUGGGAGACUUGUUUUACAGAGUGACGGAGGAGAAGGCCCGCCAGGCGGAGCUCUACCUCGUGGGCAUGCUGUGUUACUACGGCCGCCACUACUCCACCUUCUUCUUCCAAACCAAAAUUCGCCGCUGGAUGUACUUUGACGACGCACACGUCAAGGAGAUCGGGCCCAAGUGGAAGGACGUGGUGUCGCGCUGCAUCAAGGGCCACUACCAGCCGCUGCUGCUGCUGUACGCCGACCCCCGCGGCACGCCCGUGUCGGCCCGCCGCUCGGCCCCGCCGCGCCGCGUCGACGAGCCGCGCUACGACAGCGAGGACUCGGGCCGCGAGCCGUCCGUCUCCAGCGACGCUCGCACGGACUCGUCCACGGAGAGCUCCUCGUCCCGGCGGCCCGCCCCCUCGCGGCGAGAGCCCUCGGACCCCCCGCGCCCCCCGACAGCCGCCGUCUGCCCCCGACGCUCCGACGGACCGCGCCGCGGCCCGGAUGCCAUAGGCCGCGCGCCGGACCCCGAGCGGCAGUUUCUGAGGAGGGGAGGCCCGGCCCCGCCCCCGGCCCCGGCCCGGCACAGGAGGCGUGACGGCGAAGCCUCGCCGGCCGGUUACCACAGCGAGGGAGAGACACUGAAGGAGCAGCGGGCUCCCCGCCGGGCGCCCAAAUCCUUCUCCUCCUCGACGAGCCGCCUCCGCGACUUGAAGGGGACCAUGAGCAACCUCCUCCACAGCCGAGCUCUCUCCUCGUCCUCGUCCUCGUCCUCCCCGCCGGCCGCCGGGAUCGUCUCCUCCGAGCCUCCCGAAUCCGAGUCCGGCGCCCGCCCGGCGUGGAGGCCCCGCAGGGAGGCGCUCAACAUCGACGGCAUCUUCGCGCGGCGCCGGCAGGGCGGCUACAGCCCGCUCGCCGCGACCCCGACGGACCGCGGCGGGGCCGCGCCCUCGCCGCGGUCGCUCGGGCCGGGCUCCUCCGGGACGCUCCCCGCCCCGCCGCCGCCCAGGCUGAUCCGGCGGAUGGAGAGCGGAUACGAGAGCAGCGAGAGGAACGGCGGCAGCCCCGUCAGCCUGGAGCUCAGCCCGCUCGAGCGCCUCACCAACGUCCGACAACAUUUCGGGAGUCGCUCCAGCACUCGCCCUUCGCGUGCCUUCUCCUGCAAAAUGAAAACUCGGGGAACCGAGACGGCCGCCCUGUUACAAGUCACAUCGAGGCGCCAAAAGUCUGACGCGGACUUCCGCUUGCAAAAGCGGCAGCGGAGGGCCGCGGCCAAACCGCCGUCCUCGUCAGGACUGUCGUGGACGAAGACGAGAUCCAAGAGCAGCGGAGCGCUGCUGCCGGACUUCAGCUCGGCCUCUCGAGGGAGCCUCGCGCCCCCCGCGGGCCGCAGCGAGCUGGAUGAGCUUCAGGAGGAGGUGCUGAGGCGGGCGGAGGAGGAGGAACGGCAGCGGCAGCGGGAGAAGGACAGGGAGGCCGAGCUCGGGUUCAACCCCAGACCCAGCAAGUACCUGGACCUGGACCAGCUGCAGAUCCAGGGCAAAGGCGACAGUCUGGAUCGGUGCCUGUCGGAGGCGGAGCUUCUACUGGACCAAUCGGUGCGUCUGGAGCAGGCGGGCGAGGUCGCCGCCGCCCUCUCGGCGGUCAACGAAGCCGUCUCUAAGCUCCGUCCGGCGAGCGACGGCGUCUCGAGCGCUCACGGCCGACCGCAGCGCUGCAUGAGGAGAGCGCGCGGCAGGCAGCGGCGUCUGCUGCUGCUACAGCAGCAGCAGCAGCAGCAGCAGCAUCAUCAUCACCACCAUCAUCAUCAUCAUCAUCAUCAUCAUCGUCAUGACCUGCGGCAGCCCAGUGAAAAGUCUUUCUCGCAGCAAAUACUUCUGACAGACAACAGCCAGGACCGGCGAGCCCCGCCGCCGCCUCCUCCUCCUCCUCCUCCUCCUCCUCCUCCUCCUCCUCCUCCUCCUCCUCCUCCCUUGCCCAUCGCACCCCUCGCUCCCCUCGCUCCCCCCGCUCCGCCGCGCGAGUCCGGCAGCGUGGCCCCGAUCGUCGCCGGGUCGCUUCCUGCGCCAGACUCGUUGGCUCGAAGUCCCCCGAAGGAGAUGACCUCACCGGGUUUGCCCGAGGGGGCGGCCCCCGUCCCGCCUUAUUCCACCGUCCCGCCACCUGAGCUGAUGCAGGAGGAGCCUUAUCGCGCCCGACCCCCCACCAGGAAGUGUUCUCGCUUACAGGCGGACAUCGCCGAUCGUCGUCCCGUCGAUCGACCGAUCGACUCGGCCCUCUACGGGCACCCGCCUCCGCCCCCCGCCGGCCUGCCGGCUCGGACUUCGUCUUCCCGUCCGGAGGGCGGCGGAGCCGUGCUGCCUGUGGAUCGCUGGGCGCAAAACGUCAGCAGAUACUACAACUCCCACAAUGCACCGGGAGGAGGAGGAGGCGUGGCGCCCCCCACUGAGGAGAUGUCAGACCUGGACUCCCUCUACCAGGCCAGCCUGCGAGCUCCCACCGUGCACUGCAACGCUCCGAGCAACAAAGCAGGACUGACGCGACGCUCCCAAACGCCGACGGCCGAGAUCGAGAGACACGCCUACAGGACGCCCGUCGUGCUCAGGCCCAAGCGUCCGGACAGCGUCGACGAAAGCUACAGCGCAGAAAACCUUCGCCGCGUCGCUCGAAAUCUGAGCGGCUCUGUCGCGGCCGCCGUCGGCCCCGCCCACAGCUCGGAGGUCCCGGCGUCCACGCUCUCCUCUUGGUCUUCGACCCUUCCCCAUCCCGCCGCAGCCUCCUCUUCCUCCACCUGCCGCCGCUUCCGUCUCGGCGUCCGGCGCGGCCCCCCGCCGACCUCACGACCCCCCGGCUCGGGCCUUUCAGGACCCGGCCGGCGGUCGCAUCUCGACGAGCUUCGGGACGAGGACGCCGUCACGCGGCACGCUGGCGUCCCCCUGAGUUACGGGACUCUUCCUCGCGCUCCCCGGCGUCCCUCGUCCUCGUGGCUCCCCGGACCGGGAGGGGGCGCCGGUUCGGCUCCCCGCGGCCGUUACGCCGCCUCGGCUCGCCCGGGCCGUCCCGCCCCCGCCCCCGCCGCCGCGCCGGCCCCGCCCCUGCGUCUGGACGUGCCGCCCGACGACGACUGGCCGCGGCGGGCGGAUCCCCGUGCGGACGGGAAGCGGACUCGCCUCCUCGGCCGGACGCCGCCGACGCUCUGCUCGCUGUGCCGCCGCCUUCCCGCCGAGCCGCCGGGUCUUUUCUGCCGCUCCUGCGCCGCUGCCGAGCGGCGCCGUGACGCGUUUUUCGGAUGCGCCUACGAGGAGGCGGAGUUUGCAAGAACUGGCCCGCGCUCCGCUUUCAUCUUCGCCGGUCGGGACCGCCGACCGCAGCUUCUCUCCUCCUCCUCCUCUGACCUCGCUGAUGAAGAUGACCUACAGCCUUGUCCAAAAGUCUCGGGUCGCCACCACUCGUAAAGUUUCCGAAACUUUCCGGGAGAAAUACGGGAACUGAAAAUAAUUGAAUGGAACGUCGCCACAUAAAUGUAAAGAUUUUAUGAUGUCAUAAGCAAAAUAGAUGGCUCUCCUUGCCCACAUUACCUUACCUGAAAAAGGAAGUUUGCCGUUUUUAGCCUCACUUCUCUAAUGUUGUACGGUAAUAGUUUCAGCAAAAGCUCUUGCACGUAUGCAAAACUCCAAAACAGGAUUUGCAAUCGUUCAUGUGCUCCGAUGAGCGGCCUUCUGGUUUUAUUGUUUUGAUGGCGACGUUACUGAAACAGCAAAUCCAGCGGCGGCCUCAGACUGUCGCACAUGACUGUUUUGUAAAUGUUUUCAUUUAUUGUGUUGGCCGCGUGGCCGUGCAUAGAGAAACUGCCAACUAGUUUUCUAAAAGUCAAGUUAGAGCGUUUAGAUUUGAAGCUUGCUGCUAAUAUUUAGCAUGUUUUUCUCCGACUAUAGCCUUCAACUUAACGCCUGUAUCAUAUCAAUAUAAAUGAAUAGAAAUCCAAAUAUAUAUGCACAUCUUUUCUAGUGACCGUCUUUAUUUAGGUGAACGUUUGCGAGUUGUUAGGAAGGAGCGUUGUGUAAUUUCAUGCCUUUGUUGUGCUCACAACAAAAGAAGCAUGAACACGAAAUUCUUCCGAACUGCCAACAAUUAAGAAUUUUUCUUCUGACUCGUUUCACUUUUAGUCAAAGUCAAAAGUUUUGAUUUGAUUGAGUUUGUUCUAUUUUUGAUGCUUAUUUUUGUACUCUGUAGAAUUGACAUGA